UGAAGAAUGGAAGAUCUCUACAUCAACACCUCACAGGACAUAAUAUAUGAUUACAGCAACUUCAGCUUUGACUAUGAAUAUUACAAUAAUGUAGAUAUGAAUUAUUAUUAUGAAUAUAAAAAACUCCAGUUCAUAAUGCACAUGGUGACAUGCAUCAUCAUUUGCAUCGGCCUACCUUCAACCCUCGUGGCCAUCUAUGCUGUUUAUUCUCAGGUACUUUCUGACCUCAUUCAGCUCUGCAGCUUCAUUGUAAUGGAGGCACAAUCUGAGAAGUGGGAGAUAAUUGCAUUAUUUGUUAACAAUUUUGGUGUGGCAGCCAGUGUUGGCUUCAUGGUGUGUAUCGCCCUGGAAAGGUAUUUGGUCAUCGCCUGCCCGCUGUGGUACCGCUUCAGACGAACCAUCAAGACCUCUGUGGUGGUCUGUGUCAUGGUAUGGGCCCUUAUUCUUGUUGUUCUUCUCACUUUCUAUUUCUGGGUUCAUCCUGAGAUCAUAGAUACCGUCUCCGGCAUCUUCCUCCUCCUGCCCCUCCCAGUGUUCAUAUUCUUCCUGGGUGGGACCCUCAAAGCCCUGUCUGCCAGCCGAGUCCCCUCUGAUGAAAAACGACGAAUUGUGGGAAUUUUGGUUCUGGUGCUGCUUAUUUACAUGCUGCUGUUUCUGCCCAGGAUAAUUUAUUUCCUGACAUACACAUGGAACUAUAUCUUUGACAUGCUGUCCCUAAUGUUUGUUAAACUGAGUCCUCUUGCAGACUUAGUUCUGUAUGUUUUCAUGAGGAAAGGGACCAUAGACAAGGUUUUGGCCUCUGUGUGUUGCAGAAUGGACAGCAAUGAUAUCAGCAGUUCAACAACAACAGUAUGA